AUGAUAAAAAAGAUAUUUUCAAUACGUUCAAGUAGAAAUGGAACAUCAAAAGGUGAUACGCUUUUACAAGAACAUCAGAGUAAAGAACAUCUAAAUGUAGUGCCCGUCAGUGAAUACCAAAACGGUGCUACCUACUAUGUCUCUAUACAUUCAAAGCUAUCAGAGAUUCCACUGUUUUUGUUUGUUGGAGGUGAUUUGGCACCACCCGCUCUUUUAGCAAAGCAAAGCAGUGCCAACACUCUUUCUAGCAGUAUCAGUAACAGUCCAAGAGUUGGCGAUGGCACAUCCAAUAAUGGAGCAAACACUCUGAGUAUUUCUAAUGGUGGCAGUACUGCUAGUGCAUCACCAAAGCUGGACAGAGCUAAAAAGACAACCCCUGUCAACACUAGCAAUGGAUCGAUUGAUACAACAACCAAACUAUACUAUAAUCCUAAUCUCACCAAGUUGAUCUUGGAUUUCAAUAUAAUCACAUCAGUUCCCAACAUCAUCACACUUCUACCGAACCUUGUAGAGCUAUCACUGGCAUCUAAUUUGAUAAGUGAACUACCGGACUGUCUGACAGAAUUAAAAUCAUUACAAACACUUCAUUUAGGCUUCAAUACAUUUAUGAUAUUUCCAAAAGUAGUAUAUGAAAUUAAAUCACUGACCGCUCUACACUAUGAGUCAAACGAGUUACAAGUAGUUUCACAAGAAUUGUUAAAACUAAAUAAUUUAAAUACAUUGUCACUUGUUGGUAAUCGAUUUAAAGCUACUCCAGAGUUUUUACCAGUUGGUUUGGAUAAAUUGAAUCUCUCUGCCAACGAUAUCACUACAAUCAUUCCCAACUCUGUAUUUCUAUCGGUACUGACCACACUGACGUUGUUAAAUCUAGCAGAGAAUCAACUGACCAAGAUCGAUGAUUCUUUUGUACUAUUAUCAAGCGUAAAAACAUUACUGUUGGAUUGUAAUAUGAUAGGCAAUCUCUCUGGAAGUAUAGUAAAGGGCUGGAAGUCAUUGGAAACACUAUCGAUGCCACACAAUGAACUAACGACAUUGCCACCAGAAAUUGCUUUCUUACCAGACCUAAGAGUUAUUGAUGUAAGAGGAAAUCGGUUCUCACACACCAAGAAUGUAUCACCAGAGGUAUCAUCAAGCAAUACAUUCCAAUUGUUGGAUUUCAUCUCUGACAAGGAGUCAUAUGAUCUACUUAAAGUUACUUUUGAUCUCAACAACAGCCUGCUAGAGAUGGAGAUACAGGCAAAAAACCACUACGAAGAUUCCGGGCAAGAAAAGCCCAUUAAAACAGAGAAUGGAAAGGAACAUCGUCCUUUCAUCAUUUGGCAAGGAACCUAUCCCGAUAAGAUUAUUGAUGGUGUCUACUUGGGUUGUAGAGAGUGUUCAAUCAAUAAGCAAUUCUUGAGAGAGAAUAAUAUUACCCAUAUUUUAACAAUUGCAAAUUUAAAACCAUUGUAUCCAAGUUUAUUCAAAUAUAAAGUAAUUAAUAUAGAAGACGUUGAUUAUGAAAAUAUUUCCAUGUACUUUAAUGAAACCAAUGAAUUUAUUGAUGAUGCCCGAGAUAAUGGAGGUGCUGUUUUAAUUCAUUGUAGAGCGGGUAUUUCGAGGUCGGCAAGUGCUACUAUUGCUUUUAUUAUGUAUAAAAAUAACCUGAGUUAUGAAGAAGCCUACCAAAUCACAGAAAAAGGAAGACCAAGAAUAUGUCCAAACAUGGGUUUCAGAAAACAAUUAAAAGAUUAUGAAACUUUGUUAAAAAAACCAAAAUAA